AUGGGUAAUAAAAACCAACGUCGAAAACAACGUCGACAUGAGCAGAAUAAAAACAACGUUACGUUAAGCGAGAGAUUUGAUUUUGUUCGUAAAUUGGCGGAGAAAUGGGGAAAGAAGUUACAAAUGGAUCGGACCUGCGAUCUAAACGCAAGCACAGUCUGGCACCACAUUGAAACGGAAAAUAUCGAUAUUAUCACUAUUGAUGAUUUGACUGGUCCUACAAAAAGAAAUAAGGCCUGUCAAGCAGAACCUUCAACAAAUGGCAUUGGUGAGUGGAAUCAAGACGAGUAUGAUGAGGAUGGCCUACACUUCACUUACAUAUCUCCUUUAUCAAGUUCAUCUCGCUCAUCUUUAAGUGUUAUAUGUUUGGACGACGAUGAUGAUUGUGAAGAGGUGAUCAUGCGCACGUUUAAGAGCGAGGAUACUCAGCCUUCGCUCAACAUUUCCAGCACUUCAUCAAACUCACAAGGUUCAACAACUCCACUGCCCAAGGCCCCUUCCGCUGCUUCUAUUAACGACCGAGUGCUGCCUCCAUUUUCUGAGAGCAGUGUUAUUGGAGUACAUUUCAAUCCUGCCGCGACCCCUAUUCCUGGCAAAAUUCAAGAGUACAGGUCUGUCUAA